AUGGCUACCGAACCUGAUUGUGUCGCCGCCGGGCCAGACACUACAAGACCAAGCAUCGCAGCAAGCAAGCCGCUACAUCAGUAUCAACAUUUCAUUCCUCAAUUUCUCCUCAAGAACUUUGCCCACAAGUAUGUCGCUCCCGACUCCCUUGACACGACGAAGGGCAAGAAGCGCAACGCCAAAACUGGGAUGUAUUCUGGAGAGCCAGCGGUUAAUACCCUCCAUCUCUCUGGCGAUUUUUACCUAGAAGAAUGUGCUGUACGACGUACUUGCGGUAUAGAGGACAUGUACGAGGACGCCGAAAACCUGCUGAAAGACCAUGGCCAUCUCGAGAAGAAGUUUGCCGCCAUAGAAAGCAAGGCGAGCCUCAUUUAUCGCAAGAUCGUCAAGACGUAUAAAAACGGCAAAGACAACAUAUGUCUAACAAGAAAAGAGAAUGAUUUCUUACGCAAAUUCAUGUUCCUGCUUACCUUGCGUAGCGUCCAAUACCACCGAAAAUACAACCUCGACAGAGUACAAGAUUACGACGGCGAUGACAAGGUGUGGUUGCAGGAAUUCAUGGAAGCUUACGGGCUCACAAAGCCGCUUGAUGUCUGGCUUCAGAGCCUCGAGAUAAUCAUUGAUGUGGAGAUUGAUCCGGCAGGGAUCUGGGUCGAACUCAUCAAAAACAGCAUCUACUUUCCCAUUGCGGACACGUUCAUUGAUCAUAUGAAUAAGAUGUAUAUGACUAUCUGCACACCAGAAGACCACGUCGACGAGUUCAUCCUUACGGACAACUGCUGCAACGUAACCGAAGGGAAGAUUGCAGCCUACCACAUUGAGGCUAUGAUGAACCAUGUGGACCUGGCUCCAUGCUUUCACAGGUUUGCUCCCAUUUCGCCAAAGCUCAUGAUAGUCUUGCGGUACAACCUUUUGCCUGAGUCAAUCGACAGUGAGAAUCCAGUUGCUACGGUGCGACAAACUCAGAAUGGGACCGGCUUUGACAAUGGAAAUCAAUCCAUAUUGGAGAAUCUCCCCAUCCGAAAGGCAAUGAUUACACCAAUGGAAGAGGUCAAUGGACACCUGGUGCCAAGAAUUGGAAGCAGCCAGAAAUUGGGCUUGUUCCAAUUUAUGCGGCGCGAAGGAAGAGAUAUUCCUUUCAAAUGGCCAUUUGAGCUAAACGAAGAUGGCGACCUUGAUCAGUUACACAUACGUAAAGUUGCUACAACCAAGUUUUUGGAACAUCCGAAUCAUGGAAAAGAUGGGACUGGUUUGGAUCAUAAGACACUUUAUCAGAAACUAGGCGGAACAGACGAGACCUUUACUAGCGAUAUGGCAGCGGCUACAAUCAUGUUUGAGACUUGGACCAUGAGUGUCGAUUUGAACUAUGGCUCCCCUGAAUACGAAUAUAGUUGCCGCAAGAAGCUGGAGCGACUGUUAACAGGUCACCAAGGACAGUCCAAUACCCGGUUUUGGCUUUUCCUGAAGAAAAUGAGACUUGGUCAAGCAGUGGCGAACAGAGCCGUCCAUUCAGUACAAGGCGUUGCUUUGUUGGUUAAACCAGAGUGCCAAGGAUCGGAGGACGUGCUAGCCUACGCACAUUCGAUCGUAUCGGAUAAAGAGCUCAACGUGGCCAUGUACAAGGCUUUCAACGAGAGCAUAGUUAUGGUCAGAGGUGCUGGAAACGGGCUGGAAUCAAUGGGACACUUUUCACUAUUUGGAAGUAAGAAAUGGAGAACUUCGAAACCUUCUGGCCGAGGCGAACCACGCGAAGUUGAUAAGAAGAAGAAAGAGAAGAAUAACGAGGAGAUGGUUCGCCCAGCGUUGCCUGAUGACACGAAGGGGGAAGCAUCAACUGAGCCCGCCUGCGAGAAUAAGCAGCUUGACGUAAAGGAGAAAAGGGACGAUGACAAGGAAUCAACUUGUUCUUUGCAGCCUGAAAACGCAGAUGAGACAGCAUCGACGGAAUUCAUGUGCACGAAUAAACAGCUUGACGCAAAAGAGAAAAGUGAUGACGACAAGAAAGAGCCCUCAUCAGGUAUCGAAGAACCAACUAAAACUUGCGAUGAUGACAAGACGAAAGAUGAAGAUUGUGGAAAUAACAUAGUCUGUAUUGAGGAUACGUCAACCCCUUCUUCACUAGACGAGGGCACGAAGAAGGAAGAACAAACAGACCCGGUGAUAGAAGAUGAACAUGUUUUACAGAAAACGCCGACCAAAGCCGUAGCCCGCAAAGAAAAGGCACACCAUACGCUACCCGACAAUAAGAAAAUGUGGUAUGUCUGCGCGGCCACUGUCGCUUGCCUGGUGGGCUCGUUGGGCUUGUUUGUGCUUGGAGCCCUUGGCUAUCUUGUCUCACCGGUUCUUCGCCGCUUUGUCUGGCUGCUGGAUAACAUCGCAGUGGCGUCGAAUAAUCUUCGGUUUGUUUUGUUUCCCUUGGCGAAAAAUUUGUUGUACGUGGCGAUUAUUUUAAUUGCGUUUAUUUUGGGCAUGACCACGAUGAGAAAAGUCUUUAGGAAGUGA